AUGAGCAAACAACAAGACUUUAAAUUUCCUCUCUUCUAUUCACUCCCUCCGUAUUAUUCGUUUCAACACAUUCUGGAGACGAGAGCAAAACAAUAUAAAGCAUGGAGUUCUUUAAUUUUAAAAUAUUAUGAACAUCAACGGAAAUUUGUGAUGAAUGUAGCGGAAGAAGAAAUGAAUUUUUUUAAUAAUAAAAACAUUAAUCGGAAAAUGCAGAAAGACACAAUUUAUGACUUGUUGGAGGAUAUGGUUUCAAAAGAAAGAGCUGAAUGGGCUGAUAAGAAAAAAGAAACCAUUUUUAUUUAUUGGAAAACACCUGCAGAAUGGGCAGAUAAGAUACAGAAAUGGGUUGACGACAAUGGACUGACAAACACUGUUUGUACAUUCUUUGAAUUAUUAGAAGGAGAAGCCGGUGAAGGAUCUGAAUUUUUUGAAAUGAAUCCGGAGGUAUUUAAAAAGGCACUCAAAGUGUUGGAAAAGAGAGGAAAGGCUGAAAUCUUUCAAUCUGGUGACAAUGAAGGUGUCAAAUUUUUGUAA